AUGCUCCCCAUCCACCUCAUCCUCUACCUGGCUCUUCCGUUCACAGUCAUAGCAGCCGUAACAUCCGACCCCCUCCUCGCCCUCGACAAAACCUUCGACUACAUAAUCAUAGGCGGCGGCACCGCCGGCCUCGCGCUCGCCGGCCGCCUCUCCGAGCCCCCGCACAUUAAUACCGAAGACCCAUCGGUCACAGUACUGGUCAUCGAGGCGGCGCCGGACAACCGCACGAGCCCGAUCGAAGAGGUCGUAGACUUUCCGGUUGGAAUUGGGUCGGCGCUCGAUUGGGCGUAUGCGACUGUGGAUGGGAAGGUUAUACACGGGGGGCGGACGCUCGGCGGGAGCUCGGCGAUCAACGGCGGGUCGUGGACGCGCGGGAUGAGGGCGCAGUACGAUGCGUUUGCGAGUCUGCUCGAGCCUGAGGAUAAGGAUAAGGGGUGGGACUGGGAGGGUCUGUUUCGGUAUAUGAAGAAGGCAGAGCGCUUCUCCCCGCCCAACGCCACCCAGCGCGCACUCGGCGCCAACUCCGUCGCCGCGUACCACGGCUACGACGGGCCCGUGCACGUCGCGUUUCCGACGGACAUCUUCGUCGGGCCCGCGAACCCUUUUUUGGUCGAUACCGUGUGCGAUCUUACGGGUGUGAAGCUUAUAGCUGAUAUUAGUGGUGGAGAGGCGAAUGGUGUUGUCUGGGAUCCCAUCAGCCUGAACAAGUUCGCCAACGACAGCCGGAGCUCGUCCGCGGCGGCAUAUCUGACGCCCGUCGAGCACGCCCGAACCAACUGGCUCACGCUCGUCGAGCAUACAGCCACGAAGAUCCUCUUUUCCCCGCCAUCCCCUGGACAACCACUGAAAGCAACGAGCGUGCAAUUCGGCCGCACGCCCCCCGCCAACGCCUCCACCUCCACCCCUAUCGACGAGACGGUAAUCUUCACCGCGCACGCCCGCCGCGAAGUCCUCCUCGCAGCCGGCGCGAUCCGCACGCCCGCAUGGCUGCAGCUUAGCGGGAUCGGCGACAGGACGAUGUUGGAGAGUCUGGGGAUUGAGGUAAAGGUUGAGUUGGGGGGUGUUGGGAGGAAUCUGCAGGAGCAGACUAAUGCUGUCAUGGGCGUGUUUGGGGGCGGGGGGUUUGAGGGGGCGUUUGGGGGGCGGGGGCCCGAUACUGUGGUCGCGAUGUUGAGUCUCUACGAGCUGUUCGGACAGAACGCGAGCGCGAAGGUGCGGGAGAUUGAGUCCAACUUGGAGGCGUGGGCGGAGAGUCAGGCGGGUAAUACGGGUGCGGAUGCGCGGGCGCUGCGCGAGGUGUUUGGGGUGGUUGCGGGGACGAUCGUGGAUGACCACGCGCCGAUUUUGGAGCUGUACUAUGAUCUGUCGCUCGCACCGACCACGAUCCAAGUCCCGCACUGGAACCUCCUCCCCUUCUCCCGCGGAACAAUCUCCAUCACAUCAACCAACCCCUUCGCCCCCCCAUCAAUCUCCCCAAACUGGUUCUCCGUCCCCUUCGACAUGUCCGUCCAGCUCGCCGGCGCGCGCCUCGUGCGCUCCGUCUUCGAGACCCCACCGAUGAGGGACAUAACGAACGGGACGGAGGCGCUGCCCAGCUUCGAUGUGGUGCCGAGGGGCGCGAGCGAUGCGGUGUGGGCAGAGUGGAUUUUGGGCGCGUUUGAGGGGAACUCGCAUCCGCUCGGAUGGGAAGGCACGGCCGCGAUGAUGCGGCGCGCGCUCGGCGGCGUCGUCGGCGCCGAUCUGAAAGUGUACGGGACGGCGAACGUGCGCGUUGUCGAUGCCAGUAUACUGCCGAUCCAGCUUAGCGCGCAUUUGAGCAGUACGGUUUAUGGGGUCGCGGAGAAGGCUGCUGAUAUUGUUAAGGGUGCUUGGAGAAGUUAG